GCUGUGAACUCCUCCGGCGGUGCACCGUGCUGCUCCUCACCCCUCACCGUGUCAUAGCGAGAAAUCCGGCAGCAGAUGGCGCUCUCUGGCUGGGUGUGUCUGGUGACGGGGGCCUCGCGGGGUAUUGGGAGGGGCAUAGCCCUGCAGCUGUCUGAGGCAGGAGCCACUGUCUACAUCACAGGCCGCCGGGAGGAGACCCUGAAGGAGACUGCAGCCGAGGUGAAGGAGAGGGGUGGGGACUGUGUGCCAGUGGUCUGUGAUUCGUCCAAGGAUGAUGACAUCAAAGAGCUGUUUGAGCGAAUCAGACGCGAGCAGAAAGGCAGGCUGGACAUCCUGGUCAACAACGCCUACGCUGGCGUGCAGGCCAUAUUUGACAACAUGGGGAAGAAGUUUUGGGAGACCGACCCGUCCAUAUGGGACACCAUUAAUAACACAGGACUCAGGGGUCACUACAUCUGCUCUGUGUACGCUGCCAGGCUGAUGGUGGCCCAGGGUCGGGGGUUGAUUGUGGUCAUCUCCUCCAUGGGGGGGCUGAGGUACAUCUUCAACGUGCCCUACGGGGUGGGAAAGGCAGCGUGUGACAGGCUGGCUGCAGACAUGGGGGUGGAGCUGAAAGGGAGGGGCGUGGCCUCAGUCAGCCUAUGGCCUGGAGCGGUGAAGACCGAGCUGGUGACCCAGCUGGUGACGGAAAGGGAGGCUCCUCCCGGUGUGGACCCCAGGUUCAAAGAAGUCUUUUCCAAUGGAGAAACCACAGAAGUGAGUGGAAGGUGCAUUGUUGAGCUUGCCAAAGAUAAGAAUCUGAUGUCACUGACCGGGAAGGUUCUGAUGACCUGUGACCUGGCGAGACGCUACGGGAUUCGGGAUGUUGAUGGUCGCAGUGUGACCGACUACACCUCGCUCUCUUUCCUCCUGUCCCAGGUGCCUUACCUGUCCUGGCUCUCUGUCGUCACGCCCUCCUUCCUGCGAGUACCCAGAUUCAUGCUCACCCUUGCCAGCAACCGAUUCUGAGCCUAGCCCGAAACCAGGGAGACCCCAGCGGGAUCAUGGGACCAAAUAUUUUCCAGUUCUACAGGAGGGCUGACAUGCACUUGGGGUACACUAACUAACCCUGGUCAUUGGAAGUGCUGGGUGGCCUGAGAGGAUACCAUGCACUACAUCUACAUUUUAAAAUAUUUACAGAACUACUUGAUUGGAACACAUAAUUGAAAAAUUGAUUUUGCUUUUAAAAUGCUCCCCUGGUAUGUGAUCUUAUACACAGUAAUAUGGACAUAAAUAUCACCCACAACUGCAAUAGAAUGAAUUAAUAUCCUUGUGAAGAAGGCAAUAUGGGUGAUAGGGUGGAACAGGCCAUCACACAGAUGAUGAGCUUCAUUUAGCAAAGUGCCACAGUGGUCAGGUGGUCAGUAUGUACAGUGCACUGGGCCACUGUUAAUGCAAGGCAGCCAGUGUACGUUUAAGCCUUGCACAGAAAUCGGGCGUAGAAUUUAGCGUCAAAGUCGACCCUUAAGUGAUCUAACCAGCCAGUUUAAAUAGACUCCCCUUGUUAGACCACACCCUGGACUAAUCCACAUGAGGCACAACACAGGGAAGAUAUUUUACUUUUUGCAGGAUCCAGUACAUAAUCACAUUUCUGUACUGUUUUACACUGUAAAUAACCCUCCUUCAGCGCAUGAAACAUCCUUCCAUUCCAUAUCCAAAUGCAAGCGCCCCUUGACUUUGAUAGUCAUGUAUAAAUCGUUAUAAUAUGGGAGAAAAAUGAAAAUGUGUAAUUGAGUGUGUGAUGAAAGAAGCCCUCUGGACUUCGUCACAAUCCUGUACUUUUCUACACACUGUGUCAUUUCAUACUUUGGUGUCUGAGCACUUGUUAAUACUA